AUGAGGCUCCUGAGCGUGGCUCUUUUGCUGCUCCUGUCUCUGCGCACUGGCCUCGGUGUGACGGAGGUGCGCUGGUGCACCAUCUCAAACCCGGAGCAGCAGAAAUGCAAAGACAUGAGCAAGGCCUUCCAGGGAGCUGGCAUCCAGCCUUCCCUCCUCUGCGUCGAGGGCACCUCUGCUGACCACUGUGUCCAGCUCAUCAAGGACCGAAAAGCUGAUGCCAUCACCUUGGAUGGAGGAGCCAUUUAUGAGGCAGGGAAGGAAUAUGGCCUGAAGCCAGUGGUGGGUGAAGUAUAUGACCAAGACGCUGGGACCUCCUAUUACGCUGUGGCUGUGGUCAGGAGGGAUUCCAAUGUGACCAUCAACACCCUCAAGGGAGUCAAGUCCUGCCACACAGGCAUCAACCGGACUGUGGGCUGGAACGUGCCUGUUGGCUACCUGGUGGAGAGUGGCCAUCUCUCAGUGAUGGGCUGCGACGUGCUCAAAGCUGUCGGUGACUAUUUCGGGGGCAGCUGUGUCCCUGGAACAGGAGAAACCAGUUACUCUGAGUCCCUCUGUCGCCUCUGCCGUGGUGACUCCACUGGGCACAAUGUGUGUGACAAGAGCCCCCUAGAGAGAUACUAUGACUACAGUGGGGCCUUCAGGUGCCUGGCGGAAGGAGCUGGUGACGUGGCCUUUGUGAAGCACAGCACGGUGCUGGAGAACACGGAUGGGAAAACCCUGCCCUCCUGGGGCAAGGCGCUGAUGUCACAGGACUUCCAGCUGCUAUGCAGGGAUGGCAGCAGGGCCGAUGUCACUGAGUGGAGACAAUGCAACCUGGCCCGGGUGCCUGCGCAUGCCGUGGUGGUCAGGGAUGACACGAAUGGGGGCCUCAUAUUCCAGCUGCUCAAUGAAGGCCAGAUUCUGUUCAGCCGUGAGGACAGCAGCUUCCAGAUGUUCAGCUCCGAGGCCUACGGCCAGAAGAACUUGCUAUUCAAAGAUUCCACCUUGGAGCUCGUGCCCAUUGCCACACAGAGCUAUGAGGCGUGGCUGGGCCAGGAAUACCUGCAAGCCAUGAAGGGACUGCUCUGUGACCCCAACCGGCUGCCCCACUACCUACGCUGGUGCGUGCUGUCCACACCCGAGAUCCAGAAGUGCGGAGAUAUGGCUGUGGCCUUCAGCCGGCAGAGACUCAAGCCAGAGAUCCAGUGUGUGUCGGCUGAGUCCCCAGAGCACUGCAUGGAACAGAUCCAGGCUGGGCAUGUUGAUGCUGUGACUCUAAAAGGCGAGGACAUUUACACAGCAGGAAAGGGGUACAGCCUGGUCCCGGCAGCUGGGGAGCUGUAUGCCGAGGAGGACAGGAGCAAUUCCUACUUUGUGGUGGCUGUGGUGCGGCGGGACAGAUCCUACUCCUUCACCUUGGAUGAGCUACGAAGCAAGCGCUCCUGCCACCCAGGCUUGGGCAGCCCUGCAGGCUGGGACGUACCCAUAGGCUCCCUCAUCCAGCGGGGCUUCAUCCGGCCCAAGGACUGUGAUGUCCUCACAGCGGUGAGUGAGUUCUUCAAUGGCAGUUGUGUGCCUGUGAACAACCCUAGGAACUACCCUUCCUCGCUGUGUGCACUGUGCGUGGGAGAUGAGAAGGGCCACAACAAGUGUGUGGGCAGCAGCCAGGAGAGAUACUACGGCUACAGCGGGGCCUUCAGGUGUCUUUCGGAGAAUGCAGGGGAUGUUGCCUUCAUCAAGCACACAACUGUCUUUGAGAAUACAAAUGGCCACAAUCCUGAGCCCUGGGCUGCUCACCUCAAGUUGCAAGACUAUGAGCUACUAUGCCCCAAUGGGGCACGGGCUGAAGUAAGUCAGUUCCAAGCCUGCCACUUGGCACGGAUGCCAUCCCAAGCUGUCAUGGUGCAUCCAGACACCAACAUCUUCACUGUGUAUGGACUUCUGGACAAGGCCCAGGACCUGUUUGGAGAUGACCACAACCAGAAUGGGUUCCAAAUGUUUGACUCCUCCAAAUAUCACAGCCAAGACCUGCUUUUCAAAGAUGCUACAGUACGAGCCAUACCUGUUGGGAAGAAAACCACAUACCUGGAAUGGCUGGGACCCGAUUACGUGGCCGCCUUGGAGGGGAUGCUCUCUCAGCAGUGCUCAGGUGCAGUGGCCGCAGUGCACCGAGUUCCCCUGCUGACCCUGCUCGCGCUGGGCCUGACUGCAGGCCUCCUCCCUCAUGUGCUCUGAAUGUGGCUGCUGUAGGCGGGCGACCUGGGCAGGGAAAGCUACGAGUCCAAUCCAAGAAACCUGGAAGUCGGCUAACCCUGCAGGGAAAGCUCAGGAUGCGAGAGGCCAGGUGAGGACUCUUACACACAGCCCUCGGAUGUGCGAUUCUAACCCAAAGAGAAAUUUCUGGAAUCAGGAUGAUUGUUAAGGCCAAGUGUUCCCACCUGCCCGAGCCCUCGGUACCUGAGGCGACUGGCGAGCAGCCCAGUCAUGCCUCCCACGCUGGCGCUGGCGGCGCCUGCAGCGAACCUGUGCCUCCCACCUGGAGCCUCCUGGCUGGCUGGGAAAAAAAAAAAAAAAAAA